GGCGUGAAGAUGAAUUGGUAUAUAAAUUGAAAAGUGGAGAUGAAUUAGAAGAUUAUGACGAAUCGGUAAAUAGCUUGGAAAGCAGAAAUAAAUUUAAUGAUGGUGAUGAAUUGAUGAAUAUUGAGAACAAUGAUGAAUUGGGGAAUAGUUUGGAAAGCGAAAAUGAAUUUGAGAACAAUGUUGAAUUGGAAAAUAGUUUAUGGAGUGGAAAUGAAUUUGAGGACAAUGAUGAAUGGGAGAAUAGCUUAUGGGGUGAAAAUAGAUUUGAGGACAAUGAUGAAUGGGAGAAUAGUUUAGAGUGUAGAAAUGAAUUUGAAGACAAUGAUGAAUCAGGGAAUAGUUUAAAAAGUGGAAAUGAAUUUGAGAACUAUGAUGAAUUAGAAAAUAGUUUAGAGAGUGGUGAUGAGUAUAUGAGUAGGCUUGAGUAUGAAGAUUCUAAUAAUGAGUCAGAGAGUAAUAAUUCAACUAUAACAGAUACAAGUAAUACGGAUAUUGAAG